AUGAACGUUGCAACUUGUUCGGUGCUACGGUUCCAGUUUCCAAUCUGGAACUUCACAAAACCCCUAAUCUCUACGCGUUUCAAUAUGUGUUUGUUAUCUGUUCGAAAUUCCUCCACUUCAUCCAUAGCCACCACCGCCAUUGAACCCUCAAAGUCGAAGCAGAAUGAACCCUGGUUAAUCGUCGGUCUCGGUAAUCCCGGUAAAAAGUACGCUGCUACACGCCACAAUGUGGGAUUUGAGAUGGUUGAUGCUAUAGCUGAAGCUGAAGGGAUUUCUAUGAGCAGUGUUUCCUUCAAAGCUUUAUUUGGAAAAGGUUUUAUAGGCGAUGUACCAGUGUUACUUGCAAAACCACAGACUUUUAUGAAUGCAAGUGGUGAAUCUGUUGGGGCUAUAGUUUCAUAUUACAAGAUUCCAUUGAAGCAAGUAAUUGUGAUCUUUGACGACAUGGACUUGCCUUUUGCUAAACUGCGGCUUCUACCAAAGGGUGGACAUGGAGGUCACAAUGGAAUGAAAAGUGUUAUUAAUCACUUAAAAGGGAACUCUGGUUUUCCUCGCUUAAGAAUUGGUAUUGGACGACCUCCGGGGAAAAUGGAUCCUGUCUCAUUUGUUCUUCGACAGUUCACUAAACAAGAAAGGGAAGAACUGAAUUUUACCUUACAACAUGGAUUAGAAGCCAUGCGGAUUAUUUUGUUGGAGGGAUUUGAUAAAGGCGCAAAAUUUGUUAAUACUGCCAAAAAGAUAGAGCAAAUAGGCUGA